AUGGCCACCUACGAAUGCAGUUUACAAGGUCUUAUAGUCGGAACAGCAGAAAAAGAUGCAGUAAUACAACGCCUUGUUGGAGUCUGUGGCAAUGAUUCCUUGAUUGAUCUCUUCCAGCACGAAAUCAUAUUUUCACCAACGGUGCAGACACCAGUGGGACCAGCACGUAAUGACGACGUUGUUUUACGACUUCAAUCACGGAUUAGUUCAGAGCAUGAAAAGAGUUUUAAACAUCGACAAUGGUACCUCUGCAUGCAAGGUCACCCCGAACCCCAACGUGGACGCACAGUAUCUGGUGACCGGGAAUGA